CCGGGAGGUUUCGUGUUGCAAUUGGAUUUGGGUGACAAAGGUCCUUCUGAAAGUCCAUCAUAGGUUACUACUGGUCAUGACAGAACGAUCAAGGGUAUACUUGACAUACCACAUCACUGUGCAAAUGCAGCAAUCACAUUCCUCAUCACCACAGUCGCAGCCGAAGCAAGGCUUGGAAACCGUCUUGAUGGGUUUCUUGAUGGAAGAGCCAGAGCUGGAGGAUGGAAGGGCGAAGUUGACGGACGAGGAGAAGGAGGAGGCUGCCAUGGUGAGAUUU